AUGCGUGCUUUCGAUCCGUCAAAAUUCAAGGCCUCAGCAGCGGACUACUCCUCAUCCGACUCCGAGGACGACGACGACGACUUUCAGAAGCCCUCGUUGGACCCCCGUGCAGACGAUUUCGCCGACUUCAACCCUCGAAAGCGCCGCAGGACCGGUCAAGAUGGCAAGGAGAGCGCUGCCUUGGGCGUUUUCGGCUCUGAUAGUGAAGAUGAGGGGUCCUCGCACCGCUUCAAGCGCAAGAACCUGCGGACCAAGGGCAUGAGCUUUGUCUCGUCCGCCGACAACGCGCCAAAAGGCUCGGACGAUGAGGAUGUGGCGGACGAUGAUGACGAUGAGGAGGAAGAGGACGGCAAGUGGCCCAGCAUGGCAGGAAAUAUGGAAGACGAAGAUGAAGAGGAGGAAGAUGAUGGAGAUGCCGCGCCCGGUAUUGGGCUUGGAUUCAAGCCAUCUGGAGGCCUGGGCAACGGAAACACAACACAAGGAAGCCGAGGUGCUACGAAAUCUUUCCUCAAGUCCAAGUUCCAAGACGACAACCCACUCGGCCAUGGAUUUGUACCCUCUUCCGAUAACCAACCUGUACUCGAUACCACGAUGGCUAGCACACCAUCAAAGCCUCAGGUGGCCAGACCUAGCGCCUUCUCUACGAAAGGGGGCAAGACCAAAAUCAACGCAAGCUCAUUUGGUGCUCGGAUGAUGGCCAAGAUGGGCUACCAGGAGGGACAUGGACUCGGCGCGAGAGGCGAUGGCCGGAACGUCAUCAUCGAACAGAAUCUCCGUCCUCAGCGUGCCGGUCUAGGUGCCGUCAAGGAGAAGACAGAACAGGAGAGGCAGGAAGAGAAGCGACAAGCCAGGUUGCGAGGAGAGGUGGUUAUUGACUCCGAUGAGGAGGAGAAAAAGAAGAAAGCCGAGCGGAAGAGGAAAAAGGCAUUGGUUGGUGGUCUACAGAGUGGGUCCGGAAGCGCUGCAAGCACCCCAAGGAGACAGCAGAAGCCCAAAUACAUGACAAUGGACGAAGUCAGGAAAGCGGCGCCUGGUCUCAACAUCCCGGAUGCCUUCACCCCGAUCUUGGACCUAACAGGCCCUGGUGGGGCCAAGAAGAUGUUGACCUCUUCGUCCGGACUGAUGACACCAACUGGGGGCGCUGCUGAAGAUGACGAUGAUGCUCAGUCCAAAAAGUUGGUCAAGCGCGCACAGAAUGAUUUCAUGGCCAUCCUGGAGGAGUGGCAAGGUCUUCAAGAACGCAAAGCGUUUGCGGAACUACAACUACGACAAGAGCAUCAGGAAUUGGAAGAACUCGAAAAAGGCGUCGAAAGCCACCAGCUGCUCGCUUCAAUCUUCGACGAACUUCUACGGCUGGAACACGCAGAUGAGGACGUUUUCUUGAACGGCGGGGAUGAUACGAGGCAGCGAUGGGAUCAGGUCGUGGGACUGCUCCAGAAAGCGAACGAAUCAACAUCUGCCUUGACAGUCCAGUCUGUGAAGGAGGAGAUGGCGGCGACGGCUGUUUCUGCUCUGCACCCAAUCUUGAAAGAGAUGGUAGAAAACUGGAACCCACUGCAGAGCUCAAGGGCUGAUUAUGCUGCCGAUCUCAAAUCCAUCGGGGGUCUCUUGGGCUUGGAAAACGCUGCGGUCAUCCCACAAGCGCGAGCAUCUGCCACCCCCUACGAGAGUAUGAUGUACAAGAUAUGGCUCCCUCAUGUCUCUCGAUCGGUACGCGACUGGAAUGUCAGAGAUUCGGAUCCCAUGAUUGCUGUCUACGAGGCCUGGCACUCGGUUCUGCCUGGCUUUGUCAAGACAUACUAUCUGGAACAGGACAUUGUGAGAAAACUGGAGGACGCCGUUGCCAAGUGGGAACCGAAGCGGAAGAAGCACCACAGCCUACCGCAUCUCUGGCUCUUCCCAUGGCUUCAGCAUUUGCCUUACCACCAUCUAGACCCGAAGAGCUCCACCGGCUUGGUAGCUGACGUGAAGCGGAAAUUUCGGCAGCUGAUCGAUGUAUGGGACUUCGACCGCGGGGUCAUUCCAGGCCUGAAAGAGUGGAAGAAUGUCCUACGGCUGAGCAAGGCAAACGACCAGUGGACACCGCUUGUCCUGAACCACAUUUUGCCCAGCAUGGCGCGCUACCUGCGCAAGAACUUCAGUGUACAGCCCAGCGACCAGGAGCCUUACCUCCAAGUGCUGACUGGGGUGCUGGAGUGGCGGCACGUCGUGUCACCGACCAUGGUCGCAGAGGUCAUCGCCGCAGAAGUGUUCCCGAAGUGGCAUGACAUCCUCUACCAAUGGCUCGUUGACGAGGAUGUCAGUUACGAGGACAUUGCCCAAUGGUGCGAGUGGUGGCAUGACGCAGAUGGGCCGCUUCCAGCCGAGAUCAGGGAUACGGGCUCAGUCGCCUCGGAAUUUGAAAAGGGCUUGCACACCAUCGAGCGCGCGCUGGACCUCUUUGAUCUCGGCGAGGACCCGAAGGCCGCAUUGGCACCGCCCACAAGCAGCCCUGCUUUCACACAGCAACCACCAACAAACGGUCAGCGCCAGCAGUCACGUCACAAUCGUCAUCACCACCAACACCCUCGUCAACACAGCAACCAUGUUGCCUCUGGUACGGAUGGGGAGAAGCGCUCUUUCCGUCACGUGAUUGAGGACUGGUGCCAGGAGAAUGACCUGCAGUUCAUCCCUGAGCGCAAGCAACAUCACAGUGAAGGACCCUUGUACAGGAUCACCGACCGCGGGGAUGGGAAGGGUGGUAAGCUCGGAUAUUUCAAGGGCGAUAAGCUGUGCUUGCUUGUCAGGAAUGGUGUCGAGGAGAUUGGCGAGUCGGAGAACGACUUGGAAAGGCUUAUGACGCAUGUGAUGUAG